AUGGCUGCCACAAUUAGCCAGCAGGAGACAGUACAAGAUCAAUCCGAACUUGAUAAGCAUGCAAAGAACUCUAUGCAAUUAUCACCAGAUGUAUCACCACCAAAUGAAACGAAAAGUUCCACAAGUUACUUCUCUUCAAAAAAAUUUAUCCAACUAGCAAUUACUUUUUCAACAUUAUAUCUUGCAUACACAAAACAUAAGGACACUAAGGAUGAACUUGAUUGCGUGACUAUUUUCAAAGAUGCUUCUAGAGUUAUCGUAAUCCUUUUAGCAAACAUUUUUAUGAAUUAUGCUAACAAUGUAAACAAAAUAGCAAUUUCUAACGGUGCAGUCGAUAACAAUGUUAAAACAAAUCUGCUUCCUCCUUUUGAUGUAUGUUAUCUAGUCUAUUUACCAUUCAUGGUGUCAUUUUUAUUUUGUCCUUCAUUAGCUAUUUUCAAUACUACAUUGACUCUGAAUGUUUUAGAUGUAAACAUCUUCAAGAAAUUGACAUUCCAAGUUUGUUUUAUCAUUUUUGAUCAAGUAAUGUCUUCUUCUUCCACAAAAGAUGAUAUAGAUAAAUUGCCAUUAAUUGGAAUUGCUGUCAAUUAUACGAUAUCCGAACUACUGAUGAAAAUUGGAGAGAAGAAAAGUCUAGAUUUAAUUGAUUCUAAUUUGUUUAGUAUCAUUCUAACAAAUAUUUUAAUAAUGCUCCCAAUCCAAAAUGAUAAUAUGGAUUAUUUACCCUUGAUAAUUUUGAGAAAUACCCUAUACGCAUUCAUUAUAAUAGUUUCUUUCAAUUGGAUGGUAUCCACACUUCUGAUCAAGUUAAAAUUCAAUCAAAAGUCCCUACAUAUAACCUUGUUAAUCAAUUUUAUUAUAGCCUUACCAUUGACAAUUAAUGUCUUAGUUGAAAUUCCUUCAUCUUCAGAAAAAUCAUCGCUGUCUCCAAGUAUAUGGUUAUUCGAUUUCAUUAAUUCAUCAUCGAUAAGAAAAACUAUAUUGAUACUCUGGUUAUCGUUCCUUCUAGUCCUAAUACCGAAUAUAAUUUUUUUCAAAUCAAAUUUCUCAUUAAAUACAUCAAGGAAAAUUUGGCACUUCUUAAUUUUUUUAUUAUUAAUUAAACCUUUCCAAAUGGAUCCAUUCUUUAUUAAAAUUGCCCUAUCAGGAACUAUAGUCCUAUUCUUAUCCAUUGAAUAUUUAAGAUUCAUUAACUUACACCCUAUAGGUCCAAUAUUGAAUGAACAUUUGAAAACUUUCACUGAUUAUAGAGAUAACAAAGGUCCUUUAAUAAUAUCUUAUAUUUACUUAAUUAUUGGAAUUUCAAUACCUUUAUUGGUUAAUAAUUCCCCUAUUGGUUUGAUAAGUCUGGGUAUUGGUGAUUCAAUGGCUUCCAUCAUUGGUGGCAAAUUUGGUCAUUUUAAAUGGCCAGGAUCUAAAAAGACUCUGGAAGGUACAAUGGCAUUCAUAUUGACUACAUCAUUCACUUGCUAUUGCUUAAAAACUUAUUUCCAAGGGUUUUAUUUCAACCAGAUUUCAAUGAUUAAUCUGUUCUAUGUCUGUACAUUAUCAGGCAUAUUAGAAGGCAAUAGUCAAUUAAAUGAUAAUAUAUUAAUACCAACUUUCAUGAUGAUUAUAGAAGAACUAUUAUCCAAUUAA